UCCAAUAAACCAUUGAGAUGUCUAUUAGAUAACAUAUAGGCUGGAAGUUAAGGGUAGUAAGCCCAGGUCCAAUGUUACAAAAUGUACGACAAGCACACUUCGAAUGCAGAUCAGCUAACUACAACAGUCCUAUGGUAUUUACAUUCGUCUACAGGUCAAAAUUAGCUAGUUUAUUUUGGAGGUACAUGACUCUUCAACAAAACCGAAAUACACAAAGAACAACUGUUUCAUAAUCAUACAAACACUAUAUAAAACGCGUAACGUUAGCACCUGUAUCUGUAGUUUCGUAUUCCUACUUUCACUUUCACACCAGUCGGAUGAUCAUGAUGUGCUAGCCUACUUUCGAUUUGAGACACAUUGUUCGAUUGACUUCACGGGUUUCCAAUUCUUGCUAGAUGUUAAGUUUGAGAUAAUCAAUAUGUAAAUGAUAAUCUUUCUCUUAAACUUUGAGGUAUGAGAGGUCUUCUAUACACUGUACACAGGUGUAGAUGAUUUAUUGAAAACUGAACCCAUAAUUUACAAAUGUACCAUGUAGUACAGACAGUACAUGUACGUCUAAUCAGGGACAUACAUUGUACAUGUAUGUACGUCCCUGGUUUAACAUGUAGGAAUGCAAGGCUCUGUCAAUUUACAAAAUAUAAUUUGGAAAUGUUACAAACAUGUAGCAACAAAUCACUUUUACUACGAAAUAUGUUUUAAAUCAGGUAUAUAUAUAUACAAGGUACUUACAGAUCAUGUCAAGACUCAAAACAUACAGUGUACCUAGAUCACGUCAAGACUCAAAGCACCAUUCGGAUCAUCCUCCAAGAGAGUUUGUCCUGAAAUAAUGUGUGAAAUUGUGGAAACUACUACACAAGAUGUGAAGUGGAUCAAGAAACUGACAUGUCAUACAUGCAAAUCGGGCAUUGGACUGGAAGCAACAAUGUCAAGGAUGGAAACUGAUCGGACUUGUAAAUUACUAUCAGAUACCAUUGUCCUACACUGUGCAUUCAGAGCAGCAUUAAAGAAACAACUAACAGUUCUCCAUGAUGGAUCUAAUUUAGCGGCAGUUUUAUACCAUGGUGCUCCAGGUAUUGGCAAAAGUUCUUUAGCGCUGGCGACAGCAUACUACCUUGCCUUGGCCUAUGGUAGUUCAUGUAUAGUGAAAUUCCAGCAUAAUUCUGUGGCUAGGAGUGACAUAUAUGAAGGUAUAUUGAAACGCCACAUGUCUCAGAAAUGUGUAAUCUUUGACCAAAUCAACACAAAUGUGCUGCAUCCUUCAUGCUUAACAGUUAAAAAGCAAAGAAAGGAAGAUAUUUGUGAUUGUUUGCCGUUCACAUUCUUCACAUCAGGGGAUUACCCGCCUCCCAGAGGCUGGACAAAGCUAUCGGACUCUAAACGUAUACAUUAUAGAGUAAUAGAUAUGGUCAUACAGGAGCAAGAUAUUAAAGAUCUGUUUCAGGAUUGCGAGGCUUCAGAGACACUUUGUAGCCAUAUUAAAUGUAUUUCGGGGAUUUCUGCAAGUUAUAGAAUCUGGAAGGCGAGUGUACAUAAAUUGGAAGCUGCCGUCAAACAUGAUGGCAUGGAACCAAAUGACCUGGUACUACAAGCAUUGUAUGGAUUGACUGAAACGGAAAGUUCAGAACUUGGUUUGUAUAAGGAGUUCUGGAUUUUGUGGCCUUCGUUUUUCAGAAUGAACAAAUCGGAGCAAAGACAGAGGCUCGAUGACAGUGUGUUGAAAACAAGUAACUUUCUCAUCUCACAAGAACAAAUGCAAUAUCUAAGCCUGAAGUUAUCACAGAUCAAAUCGUGUGGAACGGCUCCAUCACUGAAGAAAGUUUUGAGUUGGUUUGUUCUUGUUCAAAACAACAAUGACAGAUCAUGCACUGUAUCAACGAUGUCUGAAUUCAAAGUUGGAUAUGUUGAAUUGGAAAACGACCAAUAUUCCUAUAACUUUGCUAACGUUAAUCUCCUACGCCACAUGUUGGAAGUUGGUUGUCGUCAUUAUUCACAUGGAGAAUGCGUUACAGGUCUAUCAUGAGGCUUAUAAAUUAGUACGUGAAAAGGCGAACAUUUCCUUGAACCAUUUUGCGUGUGGUUUGUUUGAGGAGUAUAUCAGACUCUUUACUAUGUUUCAUCAGAUGGAGGGGAAACAAUGUGGACUAUGGUUUAAUACACCUGCUAUGUCAGCUAUUCAGGUGAAUAGUCAUGGUGAAGUCUCUACUGUGCAAGAACUAAUGGAUUUCAUUCCGUGUAAAGAAGGGGAAAAUUGUGAAUUGGACCAUUGGACUCGGGUCUGGCUAUACCUGAAAAAGGCUGGUAAAACAACAUUUCCAGGAUAUGACUUUGCAUUUCUUGAUGUCUGUCAUUACGUGGAUGGACACAAGAGGUACCUGAUCAAUUAUCUCCAACUGUUCCAUGUUACUGCAGAUCCAGCAAGUAAAACUAGUCACAAUGAAAUGGGAAGUGUGUUAGUGAACAUAGCCGAGGAGUUGAUAAAGGGAGGUUACACUACAAAGGAAUUAAGUGUAAAUGUUGUGAAGCCGUUCAUGUUAGUCCCGUCAGAUGUGGUAUACUCAUCCCACAUCAGUAAGAUACUGUCUGACGACAAGGGCACCUGCUGGCAGGUACCAGUAGUCAGUAUCAAAACCCAGGACUUUCUCUUAUAAACUGGUGCUUGUGUGACAACCUGGAAAGACAGGUACAUGGAAACACAGUACAAGUAGAUACCUAUACAUUUACAUUAUGUGGACUAUGUGAAUGUACCUUGAGUAUAUAUCCAUCUUGCGAGUGCAUUUAAAUAGGGAGAUAUAUAUAUAAUGCUGUCAGUGUGUAUUGUCACAAUUGUGGUCGCAUGACAAAUAGCAAAGGCCUUACCAAUUGGUUACCCUUGAAUUCAAAUAGAGGAUUUUCAGAUUGGUUGAAAUGAGAAUGACAUAUCAUCUGUUUUUGAUCAAAUUUGUUGGUUAGCAGAUUUUCUGUAUUGUUACAUUACAAAUUCUCACAAAAUGUUUUUUUUAAUUUCUCAAAAUUACACAUAACAUAUCAAAUUAAUUUAUCAUCAUGGCAAUGGUAAGUGAUCAAUUUGUAGCAAGAAAUUUUACCAAAGUAUUAUUUGCAAUUUUCCCUUACAUUUUUUCUCAAAUAUAGUCCAUAGGUAGCCUGUCUGUACAAAAUUGUAAGUUUUUAUCCAAGUUAUAGUUCAUGGUAACUUGGUUUCAGAUUUUGGUCAAGACAGCCUACAGUAGUUUAGCUACAUGUAUAUACAAUAUAGACCACAGUAAUAAUUGAUGCAUUCCUAAAGAUCAGUCCAUUACCAACCUGAUGUCAGAUCUGGCUUGUGGCAUUAAUAUAUAAAUAUGUUCAAUUACAUCACUUUGACAUUAAUACAAAAUUGAUAUAUUUCUUAUUUUGUUUCAAGAUUCAUGUAUGAUUAUAUAUAUAUAUUACACUUGAUAAUGGUAUUAAAGAUUUAGAUAAUUACAUAAGUCAUAAGUCUAAGUGUAUCUUUUGUACAAAUUUUAUAGAUAAAAAAAAGAUUGAUUGAGGAGUACAGAAAUUCUAUGCCUGACUAGACUAUAUAUUGUAUGGGUUAUUUGAUGGAAGGGAAGUAACUCUUAUUAACAGACAGUAAGAGAUGACCAAGAAAAAGCAGAUGACUAAAUCCAUCACAAGGUAUUAAUUAAAACUUAGAUUUAUAUGGCAAUCUCAAGAGGUUUGUUUAAGGAGUCCAUGGAUGAUAAUUACAUGAUUUUAUCUUUCUUUUAUUUAAUUCAGACAGCAUGUAGACUUGUAGCUGUUCCUAUGAUGUGAGGCACUUUGAUGAUAAAGGUUCAGUACUUGAUGAAUUCAUUAUCCUACAACAGUUUACUGUGUUUAUUUAUGAUACUGUUUCACCUGUGUAAGUGGACAGAAAAGGGAUAUUUUUCUGAAAUUUGGAAAUUUGUGACCUCUCUUUUAUUAGGUCAUUUGAAAAAAAAAAUCGGCCUAAUAAAAACAUUGACAUGGCAGCCUCGACGACCAUUUUUUAACAUGAUUACACUCUCAUUCUUUUCCUGAGUAAAACUUAUUUUAAACUUCUUAAGUUCCACCAGUUUCAUUCAACUCCAACUUGGCUACAAUGAUCUUGAGAUGGUCCUGAUUAAUGGUUGUUUUUUCUGGUCUAUCCAAAAUCCAAGAUGGCCGCCAUGGCCAACAGUACCACUGCACGCUACUGAGUAUAUAUAUAUAUGUAUACUACAAUAGUACAAGGGUCUUUAGAGUCAGAUGAACGUUAAGGCCUAUUGUCCUCUUGUUAAAGAAACAUUAAUUUACUUACGAAUUUACAUAUAUAUUGACUUAUAAACCAUUGGAAAUGCAGCAUAUAUUUCUAUACAUUGUUAUCAAUGAAAUCUUGAAACCGAAUAGCAAAAAAAAAAGGGUUUGAAAAAUAAAACAUUCGCCAUAUACAAAAUGUGCUUCAUGUGUUACAUAUUCUGGUACUGUAUGUUCUGUUAUAGCUCCGUCAGUUAGAGUGCUGGCCACGUAACUUCAUUUGAGGA